UAUCCUAUCAUGGAUAUUUAUUGAUGGCACUGAUGUCGUUGGUAUUUGUCGUUGGCUUGAGUAUGACAAAGCCCUCAAUGUUUACAUUUUUUGUUAAUGACGUGUAUAUGACGUUUUAAUGACGGUAUGUCCGCACGGUCGCACAAUCUUUGAUGCCACAAAGUUCCUUGAACACUUCAAUGAAAACCACCGCAGAUCGGUCGAGAGAUUUAUUAUUUUUAGCAACACCGGAAAAUCAAUUAACUUGAUGAAUGGGACGGGAGUCACUUGUCUGAGAGGAAAUCAGCAUCCCUGAGCUGUCACAUGUGGGACACCAAACAGCGUACACCUCAAGGGUAGAGAGACCUCACGGAGGAACGUUGCGGGGGAUGGAGAUAGAAGAUGACAGACACGGUGAACAGAAAGAAGACUUUGGGGCUUAAAAUCUCACCAACUAAAGCUUCAUCCCUGAUCUGCAAGACUCCUUGUCUCCUCUUCUUUCUGCUCACAAGUCUUCACCACUGCUCGGGAAAGUUUGGAACGCCCAUCACAGACGAUGUGAACAAGCUGCUGCUAUUGCAACAGAACAUUCCCGUUGACUAUGAGAUUCCCGUGCACUACAUCCCAAAGGAAGUGAGCGGUGUGUGCUGGGUGGUGCUGAACAUCUACCCUCUGGAGCAGAGUCUCUGUAAACUGGCCACCAUGUUUGGCGCCCUGUCCUCCAACAAGGAGAACAUCAUCGUCUUCAUCGCCAUGCUGAAGAGCCUGCGCUUCACGUUCGACCACGAGGAGCUGGAAUCGGCGAUGCAGGUCUUCCAGUGUCACUACCGCGAGAGGAACCUGCUGUCCGGUCUCUACUUCGACUACAUCAAGGAGAUACUGCAUGCUGCGGCCCAAGGGGUGGGGGGCUUUCCCUGUAAGCCCCCCCCCUGCGUGCCCCACCAGGAAACCCCAGAUGGGCGCGUGCAAGCCUGGCUGAGCAGAAGUCCUGUGCUGCUCAUCCUGGUCCCCCUCACAGCAUGUCUGCUCCUGCUGCUGUGGCUAGCCCACUCCCGGAGGCGGCGGUUGCGCGAGUGCGACGUGGAGCGGCGAGACGAUUCGUUGUCGUCGCCGGCCAACGCGGUUCCCAGCGUGUGCAUCUCCGUCCCGCUGUACAGAACGGACGAUUCCACGUCCGCCACAGAACUGGUUCCCAGACCACAAGAACUGGGGUGAAGGGGACCCAACGACAAUGGGGGGGG